GCCCAGGACUCCAAAGUCACUCUACAAUGCAGCACUGUAUGCAGAGUAUCUUCUACAUGGUCUCACACAAGGUUGUCAUAUUUCACUCAGACACUGUGUUAUCCUUUUGACUGGGAAAAUAUAUAUACAUGAGAUAUGGCAUCUGAGUGCUGCCUCAGUGUCACCAAGUACUUCUUGUUUCUCUUCAACCUUAUCUUUUUUUUGUUGGGGUUGUCCGUCUUGGGUUUGGGAUUCUCGAUAAUAUUUUCAGAGUCAAGUCUUCUAAUACCCGACCCUCCCUACCUAUCCAAGUUUCUCUACACCCUUCUGCUGUUCAUCAGUGGCUCUGUCACCAUGUUAUUGGGCUUCUUUGGGAGCCUCGGUGCUCUGAAGGAGAUCAGAUGCAUGCUGGCAGUUUAUUUUAUCAUGCUCACCGUGCUUCUUGCAGCUCAGACAAUUGUCACAGUUCUGUUCUUCACACAGAGAAGUGCGUUUGAGAAUUCUCUGGAAAGUCAUGUUACUGAGAUUAUUAAAUCAUUUGAGAAGAAUGAUUCAAGUCUACAACAUUUUCAAAAAUCUCUAGAAUUCGUUCAACGUGAGGCCCAGUGCUGUGGCUGGAAUGGGAAAAAUGACUGGAAAGAGUUCCCGUGCUCCUGUCUGUACAUAAAUGCCACAGUUAAUGCCACUUUUCAAAGCUCAGACAUCUGUCCCUGUCCACGCUCCUCAAAUUACACAUGUGCGGUGUAUGAAAAGAACUGCAGGGAAAUUAUUAAAAAUUGGCUUGAUGGAAAUCUAAUGAUCAUUCUUGGAGUGGUACUUGCUCUAGCUCUUGUAGAGAUAUGUGGUACCAUCCUUUCGAUGUGUCUGUAUAACUGGGUUUCCGUGGAUUACUCCAUGACUUUCUACUAGUAAAUCAGUGUGGAGCACAGGAAGAACAUCAGCUACAAGCUUUCUGUAUUAUGCAUACUGACAGUUCAUUUUGUAACACAUCAGUAUUGAUUUCUGUACAUUUUGGCAGUGGUACUUCAUUUUUUUUUAACCCAAAUUUAUUAUUGGUUCCUGUACAUUAUUUUCUUGUGAUUCUCGUAUGUAGAAUUUUUGAUGUUAAUAAAUAAUAAAUUCAAAUAACAGAGUCAUGUUAUUUACAUUAAGGGAACCUUUUUUUGGAAUGUUUUUCUUGUCUGAAAUUAUUGUUUGAAAUUUUCCAGUAUUUGACCAAACCCUCAUUUCUUUAGGCCUAAAGAUGUUAUAGAAGUAUCUAUUGCAUGUAAUUGUUUAUCUUCCUGUUUUCCAGUAAGGAGGAAAAAUAGAAGCACCUGUAUGCAUUUCACCAAAAUAAUGAGUCUCUAUUUUCACACCUACACAAUGGAUGACCUCAAUCCUGUAGGGAGGUGGACAGCUCUAUUCUUUUUAAGACUUAUUCAUGAUUAUUUUGUUGAUCAUGAACUUUUAUUGUUUUGAUAAUAUAAAAUGUUUAAUAUAUUUAUGCAUUGUACAAUUUCAGCUUAGGUUAACGUUAGGUUAAUGAGUCAAGUAGGCAAGUGGAGAAUUUCUCUGUGGUAUAUAUGAGCUUAGAUAGACCAAAAUAUAAUCCACAAACAAUAAUUUAAAACAUACUAAAACAGCAAGUAUUAUUUCCUGAAGCUGAGAUUUCUUCAUGAUUUGUAAUCUAACAUGUUAACAUUAAUCUUGAGCAUUACAUGAAACUGAGGAAGGCCAGAGAGGAUAUGUGAUACUCGUGGGUAGGCCGCUAAUGUGGGAGAUGUUCGUAGCUCAUCAGUUAUCAGAUGUUGUAUAUAUACAGGUGUGGUCAAAAUAACUUGUAUGCUUUUGCUUUUCCUGGACAAACCAGACUGAAUAGGUUAGAGAAAUCUUGCUCCAUUUUUCAUAUUCAGACAUUCUACUUAACAUCUUAAGCAUGCUUAUAUUUAAUCAUAGCGCUUUUGAAAUUUUGACAAUUUACUAAAUUAUUAUAAUGAUUUAGAUCUUUGGCCAGUAUUCAUCAUUUACUCAGUCAUUUUUACAACUGAACAAUGGGACCUCGAGUUUCAGUUCUAUUUGUGUUUGUUGCUGUUCUCUCUGUUGCUCAGGCCCUGAAGUGUAACUACUGCCAGAGUAUUGAGAGGAACCAUCCUACCUGUGAGCAAAUGGAGGAGAUAGACUGUAGUGUGGGUCUCACACAGUGCAUCAGGCUCAUAUUCCAUGAACCAGCAUAUGGUGAAGUGCGUCGAUGUGCCAGUACCAAGGAAUGUGAGGAUGAUGUGCCUGAUCUGGUGGAGAGAGAAUGCUGCAAUACGGACUUCUGCAACUGAUCUUGUUGACCAACUGAUCUUGUUGACUGAUCUUGUUGACCGAGACUCAAUAUGCUCAAUUACAAUAAAUUUGCUAAAUCAUUCCAGUAAUUAUUUAUAGCAAUAUACUCCAUGAUUGUUAAUAAGAGAAUGAUGCAAGAAAAUUAUUUAGUGCAUGGUAGAUCACUGUAAAUUACACACUUGAAUCAAAACGAAAUAAAAUAAUGUGCAUGUCUGCAAUAGGAGAA